CAGUCUCCUGGUGAUCAAUAGGUAACUUUAUUGCAACAGCAGGUGCGCAUCCGGGUACUUUACUCCUGCUUCAAGCCCCCGCCCCCUUUUGGGUGAAAGCAGCCCCUUUAAUUUGACUGGCGGCAAAAGCAAAGUCUGAGGCCUUUGCCAAUUUAAUAGCAUAAAAUAAGAAUACUUUAUUGCUUUUUUAGCUAUUAGGAGCCCACAUCCUAUGGCCAGUAAGGCAAGCAAUUAUGUUAAGUCGUUGCCAAUCAAUCAAUCAAUCAUCGUCGUUGUAUAGAAAGAAAUAGGGGUUGAUGAGUGUCCUUUCACUAACCUGAUCGUAUUGAAUCUCCAGGGGAAUAAUGGCUGCACAGGAGCCGUCUCCACCAUCUUCCCUGGAAGGCAACAAACCGGGCUUCCCAAAGAAAAUUUUGGCCAACAACCACGAAGACAAGCAUUUGUGCAAUUCAUGUCAGAAAAUCUUGAGAAGGCCUUUGCAAGCUCAAUGUGGUCAUCGCUUUUGUUCGUUCUGUUUCAACAAAAUUGUGAGUUCUGGACCACAGAAAUGCAGUGCUUGCAUCAAAGAAGACUUGUUUGAGGAACCCACCUCCAUUCUCAAGCAAGGUGGUGCUUUCCCUGAUAAUGCAGCUCGGAGAGAAGUGGAGGCCUUGGCAGCUGUCUGUCCCAAUGAAGGAUGCACGUGGACGGGAACUAUCAAAGAAUUUGAGGCCAGCCAUGAGGGCAACUGUGACUUCAUGAUCAUCCUGUGUCCUUCCUGUAAAGAGCUGAUGAGAGCCAAUGAACAGGAGCGCCACAACGAGAGAGAAUGUCCAGAGAGGACGCUCAACUGCAAAUACUGCAAAGAACCCUUCCUGUUAAAGAACAUCAAGGCUCAUGAUGAGAUCUGUCCAAAGUACCCGAUGAUUUGUGAAGGUUGUGCAAAGAAAAAGAUCCCCAGAGAAAAGUAUGUGGACCAUAUUAAGUUCUGCAGUAAAUUUAAAGCACCAUGCAGAUUUCAUGUUGUUGGCUGCGAUACGUCUGUGGAGAAAGAGAAGAUCCAUGACCACGAGCGGCAGUGUUCGUAUGAACACCUCAACCUACUCCUGCAUUUCAUCAUGGGCAUCAAGGUGAGUUUGGAGAGCCUGCAGCCCCAGAGCCUGGAUGUGGCCAGCCACAAGCUGCAGGAGCUCCACCAGUCCCUCAGGGACCUGGAGCUGAAGAUGAGCCAGCUGGGGGGUGGUGGUGCAGCUCCCGUGCAGGGUGCAUGCGCCCCGACCCUGGCCACCUCCUUCACACCGCUGCCCAGUGCCAUGGGCGCUGCCCUGGAGCUGCAGCUCCAGAGUGAAAAAACCAAGGUGGCCGAGCUGAGCCGGCGUUGCCAGGAGCUGGAGCUCAAAGUGAGCACGUUCGAGAACAUCGUCUGCGUCCUCAACCGAGAGAUGGAGCGCUCCUGCACCACCAUGGAGGCCUACAACCGUCAACACCGACUGGAUCAGGACAAGAUUGAGAUCCUCAGCAACAAGGUUCGUCAGCUAGAGAGGACGGUGAGUCUGAGGGAUCUGUCCAUCGUGGAGAUGGAUGGGAAAAUGAGGGAGAUGUCUGCAGCCACAUACGACGGCAUCUUUGUCUGGAAGAUCUCGGAUUUCACCAAGAAGAGGCAGGACGCUGUAGCCGGCCGUGCCCCUGCUAUGUUCUCUCCUGCCUUUUAUACCAGUAAAUACGGCUAUAAGAUGUGCCUGCGGAUCUACCUGAAUGGGGACGGGACGGGCCGCGGCACCCACUUGUCUCUGUUCUUUGUGGUGAUGAGAGGACACAGCGACGCGCUCCUGAAAUGGCCUUUUAAUCAGAAGGUCACCCUAAUGCUGCUCGACCAGAACAACAGGGAGCACAUCAUCGAUGCCUUCCGGCCCGACAUCUCCUCCUCAUCUUUCCAGAGGCCCGUCAGCGAUAUGAACAUCGCCAGCGGCUGCCCACUCUUCUGUCCGCUCUCCAAGCUGGACUCUAAAAACUCCUACAUACGCGACGACACCAUCUUCAUCAAGGCUAUUGUAGACCUCACUGGGCUCUAGGCAAAUGAUGACGGCAUAAAUCCAGCUCUGCCUUUUGUUGCUACUAAGCUGUUCACCAGGCUUCUGUAUCACCAGUAACUGGCAUUUCUCUUCUACGGAUUGUUGACAGCAAUAUGCAAGACCAGAGCAGGAAACACUGGCCACAGUGGCUGGUGGUUUAUUAAAACGUCCUUAGCCACUGUAACUCGUUUACCAAUCAAACUGAGUUUUUAUUUGACAAAAACAUUGAUUACCUACCAAAGUGAUCGGAGGAGUGAACACAAUAUAUAUGCCAGUAUUUGGCUGGUUAAUUUCCCACCCUGCAGAAGACCCUCAAACAACAUUUGAACUGAUAGAAGCAUUCCAAGACCUAGGUAGAAUAUGCUUGUGAAGUAAGUAGACAACUAAGAUGACAUUGUCUCUAAUCUCCUUUGAUCAUCCUAUGGCUUCUUGUACCAUAGAUGAGGCUCACCAUUUUCAGUUUUAUGCAGAAAAAUAACCAGAUUUAAAAAAAAAAAAAAAAAAAAAAAAAAAAAAAAAAAAAAGGAGCAGAUAGGUUUAAACUGAGUUUUACGUUCACAUUCAAACAUUGUUUCCUGCUGCAGUGUAAAUAAGGUCCUCUUGUGACAAAAGUCAGUUAUCGCUGCUAGCUGCUAGUUAUGUCCCACAAUAAUUGGGCCUUAACUAAUUGCUAUCAUAACGUCCCUCAAAAUAAUUAAAGCUGCAUUAAUCUUUUUUGGCCACUUGGGGCUGAACUCCACAACAAGCUCAAAAUGACACAUUUGACAUAUUAUGGCAAAACAUGUUAGCAAACUAUUACUUAUUUACACAUCCAGCAGAUACAGAGUAACAUUAGCAUUCGUUGGGUCAAUAUUCAGUGUCAAUGUUGAGUCCAAUAUUCUCUCCUUUUAGUCUCCACCAACUCCUGAGAAAAAUAUCUGGCUCUUUAGCUUGCUAGAUGCUUUACUAUGUUCUCCAGCUUUUGGUAACUUUGUCUGUCUGCAGGUAGUUUACAGUGGGCUUAUCAGAGCUUUUUCACUGGAAAUGGCUGCGGGCUGCUGCUAGGAACAAACUGGAUGAGAGUGGUGAACCAAAACCGUAAAAUUGUGAGUCUUAAAAUCAAAACAGUUAGCCUGUCUUAAAAUCAAAACAGUUAGCUAAAAGACGCUAAAGCGCUGUGUAGAGCUGUGGGGAACUGCAGAAUUGGGUUAUAUUUCUCUAGGUAUGUCACUAUGAGUGACCCCUUUCAUUUUACCAGUAGUCAUUUGGCCCAUUGUUAAUAUGAAAACACUGUUAAAUCUGUUAAAGUGCUUAUGAUGCACAGUAUUUUUGUUAUCUGAUUUUCACCUGGGUUUUUGUAUUGUAUUUUUGUAUUUUAAAGCUUGAAAUUUCAAACACAAAUACAUUUCCAGAUUUGUUUUAAAAUAAUGAGCCUUAGACCAGUGACACCGUAGCUAUGUAGAUUCAACAGCCUAUAAACAAAGCGAUAGAUCAAGCAGGUCUAGGCGCUUCAUUGUUUGUGUGUACUGCUUGACAUUUGUUUUUGUUUUUUUUAUUUCAUUUUUUGCAUUUACAGAUGUAGAAUUCCAAUAACAGUGUGACGCCCAUGUAGCCUUCAGAGUAUUGCUCAGCUUUGCACACAGUUUGUAGUGCAGUUGGACUUUUACACUGGUUUACUGUUUCUUAACGUCUAUGCCUCCAACUCUGAAGUCCUGUGUUAAUGGUAAUCAUUUGUGGUGGUGGACAUUGUUUGAAUUCCAUGAAGUGUGUGUGUGUGUGUGUGUGUGUGUGUGUGUGUGUUCCAUUUUUAGCUGUUAGUUACAGUGUUAGUUUGCAUGUUGGAUCUGUGGAAGAUGCACCGUAGCUUGCAACAGUUUCUGGGCUGUUUGUCCAGGAAACUGAUGGUGAAGCUGAUUUUCCCAAAUGGAAAUAUGACGUAUUUUAUUAAAAAUAAAACAUAUUUGCAUACAAGUUCUGAUAGAUCCAAUAAAUAUCUUUUGAUAUUAAACUUUGGCUUUUUUCAGUAUUUGUUGUCUGCAUGUUUACAGUGUCUUUGACCUGAGGGUGUAUUCAGUUUCAUUUGAGCAAUUUUGAAUAUUUAAUAACAUGCAUAUGUACAAAUAUUGAAAUAGCCAAAAUAGAAUAUUGAAUAUAGCUGUGCAAUGUGUUUGUACAUAUUUACCUACAUGAGGUAUAUCAAAAAUAUGUCCACUGCAGUGUCUUCACAAAGUAUUCAUUUCCAUUUUUUUCUACAUUUUGUGGUGUUGCCUAAAGUUCUCCAAACUUAUUCGUAAUGGCUGAACAGCAAACAUUUUCGUGCCCCAAUAGCAAGAGACUGGGGCUAUAAAAAUGGUCAUUUGGGUGUGUUGAUAAUUUGGCGGUGCUUCUAGCUAAAACCUCUUGUUUAGCUAAAAAAAACCCCACUAACUGUACCGUUGUAAUCAUGCAUGAUGGGCUAUUUACAUCGCACUGCUGUACCAUAAAUAAAGAGUUCACUGUGUGAUGGUGCAUAGGGAAGCGGACUCAUCAGACCAGACAACUAUUUCCCAUUCAAGUGUUUAAUGGUGGACUGGCGAAGAAUUGUUAUGUUGUGAGACACUUGAUGUGAAUGCUUUUGAUGUAAGGGCCACCUCCAACAUGGCAAACAUUUUGUUUAUUCUGGGCCCUGUUUCCCAAUAACGAUUGAUCUCAGAAGUUAAGCGUGUUUUCUACGAGUGUUUCUAUGAUUGCUCAUUUUCAUCACGCGUUUCCCUAAGCCGCACUUAGGAGCGAGCGUAUGCCCUUAAGAGCUUCUUAACGUUGUCUGUGGUGCUCAAGAUGAUGCUGAAUGCACUUUAAAGAAACUUCACAUAUUUAAUUGUCUGUAAGCCAUGCUAUAUAACACAAACAAAUGUUUUAUACUUGGAAUUGUUCGGUAUGAUAAUGAUUUGAGCUUACUGCCCUUUAUAAUUCAUGUUCCUGGGUAGAAGUAAGUUUAAGAAAUUAUACUGAGAUUGAUUUAGCUGUUGCUCGAGGCAGACCUUACUCUUAAACUCAUAUUAAACCUAAAAUGAAGCAGUGGCAGUCCAAUAGUUUCAUGAAUAUGCAGGUCAUCUAUUGUGAAUGUCAUUCUGUCAUCAGUUGUGUUCAUGACAGAAGGUCUAUUGUAUUAGAAUAGUUGUUGAAUUCAUUUGUGUGUUUGUUAGUUUAAUUUUAUUUCUAAUUUAAACAGUAUCACUAAUUUUACAUCAAACGUCACUUAAUAAAGAACAUCGGUGUUCAUCGUAAAAACGCUUAUGUUCCUGCUGUAGGUUCUGGAGCUUCUUAAGAUGCACUUAGCCUACGGCGAGUGGGUAGUAGAUGACUUUUUGGAAAGAUUGCGCUAUCAGCCUCUGCUGGUCACUGCAUCUGACACUUUCAAGACAACUUUAGGACGCUCAGAGUGAUUUCUGCCUGGCUAAUGAAAAUGCACAGAUCUGGUAUUUUGGUAUCCUGGGGUCCAUGCUCAGGUGUUGGGCGGAGUUUGAAUGUGCUUGGUCAAAGGGCCUGCAACAUCAAAACACUGCAGCAGUUGUCAGUUGUUACCGGUGAACAAUUGAAAGCAAUUGUUUCUGUGGGUUACUCCUCAGAAGAACUUGUGUUACAGUUCCCAGGUCUUCAGGUAUCAUGUUUUUGUUGUGACAUGCAGUUAUAUCUGUGAGGCAGAUGAUCACUACAUGAAUCGCAGUGUUUCUUUCUAUAAUCACAACCUCAUUUCAUUUGGAGACACAUCAAAAGACAUUAUGAGUGAUGGAUACAUCACUAUACUGCAUUUCAGCUUUUAAAUUUUAAUAUAAGUGCAUACUUAGAAUUUGUCAGUUGUGUGUGGAUAUGUGUAUUAUUUAACCUUGAUGCUGUAAUAUUACUAAAUGCAGAAAACAUCAGGGUUGUUGAGCACUUUGAGAAGACACUGAGUUAUAUUUCCAUAUGGGAGUAGCCUUUGGUCGAGCUUAGACACACAGACAUGUAAAGGCUGGAACUGAGAUGUGAAGGCCUCAGGAUGGAAGCAGAGCUGAGGUAUCAAAAGAGGAAAUGGUUGAUGUUAUUGUAAAAUUGUCCUAUUUUUGGCUUUCCUUACAGCUUUGAACUGACCUACUUUUUACAGAAAAAUAAGUGCCUGUACUUUUUUUUUUUUUUUUUUUAUGUUUCAUGUUUCAUGAGCCCUGAGUUGUGGAUGUACUUUCGUGCGAGUGUCAACCUAUACCAAAAUGUGAAACUUUUCAUUUUGCGCUGUGUAUUUUUUUUAUUUGUAUCUUUUAAUUUUGUAUUGUUGGCCUUUUAUGAAGCCCCCUUUACUUGACCCUUUGAUGUGAUAAAAUCUAAGUGACUAAGAAUGUUUCCAUUUGCAUACAUAAAACUAGUGAAUGUUACAGUCUUACUUUAUUUAAUCAUAGAUUAAAAAUGAGGUCAGAAUAUAAUUUUACACCAAGCUUUUGGCAUCUUCAUCUAAACACAUCCAGCAUGUUUUUAAACCUCUCAACAAAUACUGAAACCUCUCUGUGCAUGAGAAGUUUCAGUAGGAAAAAAAUACAUAUAUCAAACACUGGUUCAUAUUGUAGACCAGCAUUUUAUUUGUUUUAUGAUUUUAUGAUCUAUACAUACAGCAUAUGAGUGUGUGAAAUGAUUUUUCGGUACAAACUGUGAUUAAGUUUGAGGAGGUGUGUGCUGCUGUGAGAAAGUUAAACAUAUCUAAAUAAUAUAUAGAUUGUACUUAUUAAAGUUAUACUGUAUGUUGAGACCGUUUAAAAGCACGCUUUGGUUCGUCUGGCUGAUUGUGAAAAGGUGCAUCUGCAGUCUGACCUCAAUAGGUUGCAGCUAAUGUUUUCUGGCUCUUUCGGCAGAAGUUGUCAACUUUUGCUUUCUUGUUAUUACAGAAACAUGUGUCCUCUUUUUUUCCCUCUUAAGAAUAUGUUGUUAUUGUUGCACAUAUGUAGACUACAUUUUGCAUGCAUGACUGCGGCCUCAAAUAAAUUAGCUGCUACAUUUGUUCUGCCCUAUGUGCUGAUUUGUGCUCGUAGAUGCAGCCUAGCAGCACUGUAUGUAUGUUUGUCUUUGCUCUUUCUUGUAUGAUAAGUUACCUGAUGUGGGCUGGGAAUUAUUCAAAGCUGGUGAACAUAACAAAAGGGCUUCACAUUUCAUUUCCAUCUGCUGAAUGUCACAAAAAGGCGUACGUACACAUUUGUCUGUUUUUUCGCCGGCUGUAGCUUGAUCUGUUGAAUGGAUCCGACAGAAUCUUCUCUAGACUCCAGCUGGGGAGCGAUAUCACAUUUGAGCCGGUUGAUGUUAUGCUGUAUCAGCGAUAUUGACUUGUAGGAAAUGCCACACUGCCUCACUGUUAUUGCAACAGAAUAAACAAUAUGUCAAUGUGAUGUAUGUAUUUUAAAUAACACUUCAGAACUGUCAAACUGAAACAGGUCAGUUGAUGUUUAUUUACAUAUCUAUUUCUCUGUUUAUGGAUCUCUAAAGCCCAUGUUGAGAUUAAGAUGAAGUGCUUUCAUCUGUAGCAAUGACAUCAAACUGCAAUCUACUUGUUGUUCUCUCUGCUACAUUGUGUGGAUAGUGACUUGUGUGUUAGUAAACUCUUUGUACUACAGGAAAUUUGUUCCAUAUUUGUAUUUACUUUUGUUUUAUUAAAGGUUUUAAGAUGCCCUCUA